CCAGGCUCGUGGAGGUGCGCUGUAUUUUUCAUUUCGUCCGUUCUUUCUCCUCCCAUCUCUCGUUCCUCCAAUCUCGCCGCCAUGGAAGGCCUGCCGGACGACGAUGCUUCUCCUUUACCGGCGAAACUCACGGAGCCCACCUUGCCAGAGAAAGCUUCUGAUGCCCCCCGAUCUGGGCUGGAUUUUCUUAGAACUAGCGGUGCUCCAUUAACGCCCGAUCCUCCUAGGUCUACCGUUCACGACUCUGCAGCUAAAGUCACCGCCACUUCCGCUGACUCUCCCCGUCCCGCCACCUUCACUCUACCCCCGGCUGUUGCUUCUUGCAGUAAGGAUCCCCCACCGCCCUCGCCGAGUCCAACUCCUAGCACCGUGCGGGUGUCAGUUGGUCCGCCGUCUGCUUCUUCCACUCCCAAGCGAGCGCGAUCUGGGAAGUGGGCGCAGAGUACGCUGGUCGUCGGUGGCCGCCAUGUUCCACAUCCCGAUAAGCCGGCAGAUCGUCCACCUGAUGUCGCUGAGCUCCCGGAGGAAGGUGAUAUCCCAGUCCGCGCGGACACCGGCUCGCCCGCACUCACCAAGAUGUACCUGGAGGCGAGUAUCAACUACGAGACGAAGUGGUCGGGCAUGUUUUCGUGGCUGGUGUUUGGGAAAACCAAGGAUGGUUUUCCCUAUGUGAAGUGCAGCAUCUGCAUGUCGUACGACAAGGAGAACACGAAGUACGCCAGGCAAGGAGAUGACGGUGGCCGUGACUUGCAGACGCAGUCGUUCAGGGCGCACGAGCACACAGACGCACACACGGCGGCGGUGGAUCGGCAUAUGAAGAUUGCGCAGGGCAUUCGCGAGGGUCAGCAGGUGAUUUCGGCCUUCAUCAACUCGGACGUCGAGGGGCGGCGCGCGAUUCGACUCAUGCGAGAGGCCCUGGCUGUGAAGGACACUGCUGAGUCAAAUCCGGACCUGGGAAUGGUCGACAAGGUGGUGCGCACUGUGGCGACGCUGCUCGGAGCCUCAAGCGUCUGGAGUCAACGGUUCAAGUACCUGCAGCGAGUGAUCUACAACACGAAUCUUGAGGUCCAGGGCAUCCACACAGUUCCCUGGCUGUCACGAGGGGAUGCGGUUCGCCGGCUGUGCAAGGUCAUCGGCGCAUGCAUCGUGCUGCUCUGGGAGCACAACCACAAGGCUUACGAGAUUGUGACGUGCUACAAGUUCCAGUUUUGCCUGUUUUUCCUCGCCGACAUCCUCGCGGACAUGAAUGACCUCAACCGUUGCUUCCAGAAGCGCGAGUUGGAUGUGACAGAGAUCUCGAAGACCAUUGAGUCCACCACGGGGGAUCUGACGGAGCGGUACUUGGCGAACGGAAAGCCUUUCGGAGGAGAGGGCAAGAGCUGGCUGUUCAACUUUCUCAAGCUCCACAAGGAGGGUGGGGGCAAGCAGGUCCGGGUGCGAGGCGUGGACGGGGAGGGACGCCCAAUCAACCACCUCUACACCAUGCACGAGAGGAAGCUGAAGGGGCACAAGACGGGAAGCACAUACGCCGAUUGCGUAAAGCUGUGCCGCAACUUCGCCAGGGAUUGCGUGGACAACCUGAACGACCGUCUGGACAACCUGGGGAAGCUGGGACCGACGAAGCUGUUCCGGGCGGGGAAGUGGCCGAAGAUCAAGGCUCAGCGAGAGAAGAAGUGCCGUGAGUGGCUGCAGGGAUGCAGCAAGCUUUUCCGCAACAAGCUCCCUGGAUUUGACCUCAAGGCAGCAGAGCGAGAGAGCUCCCGACAUUCUCUGGCUGUGGCAGAGAGGGACACGAAGGGCAAGCAGAAGGAGGACGAAGUGGCUGCUGGAGCUGCCGGGGAGAACGAAGAUGAGGGGGAGGAGGAGGAGGAUGAAGUGGAGCAGGACCUGGGCGACGAUCAGGAGGUCGUGGAGGAGGAGGAGGAGGAAGACAACCCCUUCCUGUCGGACGAUGAGGACGUGGAGGAGGUGUACCACAUUGACAUGCCCGUGCACUAG